GUGCAUUUCCUUGGCAAUCUGUACUGAGCGCUUGUUGGGUGCUUGGGAAGGUGCGGGGACCUCAGGGGCAGAUGAAGAAGUGAAUUAGAAGGAGGACCCGUGGCCUGAUAAGAGGGUUGUGAGCGGUAUUUGGACAAGUACACCGAUUAAUAUGUUGGACGGUUUUCUUUUCAGCCCAGAUCUGGUGGUUUUGAAGAGCAGCCCCAGCAGCCCGGGUGAAAAGCCCUGCUUCCUAUACCUGCGAUGUGACCCUAACGGAGGCGAAGAAAUCGUUUCUGUGGGCAUUUUAAGUUCAGCAAGAAAUAUGGAAGUGUACUUAGGAGAGGAGUACUGUGGAACCAGCAGGGGCAAGAACGUGUGUAGUGACCCGGAGAACAGUGAAAAUGAAAAGAUUAUUUUGUACAAAAAAUACCUAAAAUUGGAGCCCUCCACACAUGCUUGUAAAAUAAAGGUGAAAACCACAAGCAGUUUUUGUCCAAAAAUACACACAAAGAACACAGAAGUUUCGAGCAAAGACACCACAUAGUUAAAGGACUUGGGACUGGUGUCUUCAACAUGAAAACUAUUGUUAAAUAUUAAUUAAUUAAUUGUUAAUAUUAAAGUGAACUUUAAUGGUGUCAUC